CUGUCUUGUGACGUUGGUUAUGGUCAUUCCAACAAGUCUGGAUCUGCCGAAUGGUGAAGUAUCCGACGAAUGUGCCACAAGAACCGCCCGUGACAACAAGCAACACCGCACCAGACACAGGAGCUUGCUACAAAAUAACAUCAACAAUCAACAGAGAAACGGUACAACUAUUGCAGAGACUCUCUCUAGUUGAUCUCGACACCGAGGAAGCCCUACGAACUCUCCACGAUUCCAUUACGUUCGCCUCACGCAUUUUGCCCAUCAACACAGACGGCGUUGAACCGCUGGUGUCGGUGCUAGAAAAGGAACAAUUAAGCCUUCGUGAAGACAUAAUUGACGAUGGCAAUCAGCAAGAACACGUGCUACGAAAUGCGUCCAUUACGGAAGAAGAAUACUUCAUUGCUCCACCAGGCAAUAUCCCACUAGAAUGGCAACCAAACAGAAACGAGCCGUGAACAGAGAGCCGCGUCUAAUACAAUACUUGUCGAUGGUUGAACAUUUAUUCGAAAGGUUCAUUUAUUACAUUCAUAAGCCAUCUCCCUGGUGCAAUCCCUUGGUGAUAGCAAAUGGACCUUUCAAGGAAACGCUUUCCAUCGACCUUCACCUGUCUUGUGACGUUGGUUAUGGUCAUUCCAACAAGUCUGGAUCUGCCGAAU